AUGCCGAGUUCGCGGGUUUCCAAAGGAGUGAGGGAUUUACCAGGGAACUUGCAGUCUGCCACUAGCAGUGUUCCUUCAGGAAAAGCGCUAAUGUAUUUUGGUUUACUACUGGCAACUGGUGUGUUCUUCAUCUUCAUCGCAUUUACCAUGUUCCUUCCAAUCAUGGUGCUUAUGCCCCAGAAAUUUGCUAUCUGCUUUACCCUUGGAUGUGGUUUUAUCAUUGGAUCAUUCUUUGCUCUCAGGGGUCCUCAGACUCAACUAGCUCACAUGACGUCAAAAGAGAGGCUUCCACUUACUUUGGGAUUCAUAGGCUGUAUGGGGGGUACAAUAUACGUUUCGAUGGUGCUUCACAGCUACGUACUCUCUGUACUCUUCUCCGUGUUACAGGUUGUUGCGCUUGCAUACUAUGCCAUAUCCUACUUUCCUGGUGGAUCUGCGGGGAUGAGAUUCUUAACAUCUGCUCUAACCUCCUCAGUAAUGAGAUGUUUUGGAAGGUAGGCUUUUGCCUAGUUUGGGAUUCUUAUUGCCCUAUUUCCCUUGUAUAAUUCUUAAGGUUCUACUCUUGACUUAAUACUUGCCAAAACUGACUUAGAACGCCGAGUAAUAUUUGCUUUACUUUGCGAUAACCCAACUCUGAGAUUUAAGUGACUCUCUAUCUCACAUGAUUUUCCAGAAACGGAUUGACAAGUUUGGAUUAAUUGAUAGCAAGGGUUCCGAUAUUAA